AGGGAAAAAGCGUAAUCAGAUCGUUUGUUCAUCAGAAAAAAACAAACAGAAGACAGAAGCUUCUUUUUGUUUGAAGAUCAUUCAUGUCCUAAAACCUCAUCUUUUUCACAAUCUUUGAAUGGCAUCGAAUAAUCAACAAAGACAACAACAAGAUCGACCAUUACCAAAAUUUGGAGAAUGGGACGUGAACGAUCCAGCAUCAGCCGAAGGAUUUACCGUUAUAUUCGCUAAAGCUCGAGACGACAAAAAGACAAACGCUAGUGGUCGUGCUCCCUCGCAACGCCGUGACAAUAACAACAAAGGGCAAGAUGAACCUACGAAGAAACGGUUCUGCUGUUUCUGAGAAACAAAAUCAAGAAAAGCCGACUACUCAUCCAGAACAUUUGUAAAAUGAAAUUGUUUGAUCAUGGAAAACAGUUUCAUAUUCACUGAAUCUGUAUAAAACUUAUCAUUACAGAACAUUACAUUGUACUUACACAUGUUACACAAUAUCAAUGUCUCUUAAGCCACGGUUUGGCGAAUCUUGAUCUGACCCAUUGUUACUCGUCUUUUUCUUGAACGAUUUCUGGCUGAAAAUCCGAGAUACGGUUUUCUUAACCGGUCUUGAACCACCGCCUUCAAACC